AUGAAGGCUCAAGGAUUACAUAAAUUGAACAAUCUCUUAGAGACAGUUAAUUUGAGAAAUCAAGAAUUACUAUCAUAAUUACAAUCAGACUAUAAAUCAAGAGAGACAUCACCACCAAAACCUAAGAUUUUAUCAUCAUCAUAAAUAGAAAUGCAAUAAUUGGCAGAAAAAAACAAACAAUUAGUUGAAGAUGUAUUUAUUUAUUCUAUUUAUUUAAGCUUAACUUUUUGAAUUUAAGCUUUAAGGAAUUAAAAUUAGGAACAGAUGAAUUGAACUCUAAAAAUUAGUCACUCAAAAAACAUGUUAAAGAACUUUUGUAGACUCUUAAACAUAAGGAAGACGAACUUAAAAAAGCUAGAGAAAAACAAAAAAAUGGAGAAUAAAUUGAAGAAAAUAAAACUUAAGAAAAAUCUGUAAUUGAUUAUGCUAUUUACAUGGAAAAAUAAUUCUAGACUUUGGAAGAUAAAGUUAAAAAGUAUAAAAAGCUUUUAGAAAAGAAUGGAUAUGAUGAUUAAUUAGCAAAAAAAGUAUAGAUCUUAAUAAUCUAAGGUUGAAGAAUAAAAGAAAACUAUUUAGUAAUUAAUUUAAGAGAAGGAAGCAAUUAAGAAAGAAAAAGAAGAAAUAUAAAGCCAGAUAAAAAAUUAAAGGUCUGAUUUAGAACCUUAAUUAAAAAUUCUUAAUGAAUAACUUUAAAAUAAUGAGUAAUUACAUAUAUAGGAAAUCUAAUUAAAGAAUAGUAUGAUAGAAAAAUUAAAUAAUUAAUUGAUAAAGUUAAUGGAUAAUUAGAAAUAAUUAAAUGAAUCAAAAUCACAUAAUUAAAUAUUAUAAUCAAGAAUAACUGAACAAGAAAGAAAAUAUAAAGAUUUAGAUGAUUAGGCAAAACAUGUAAAUGGUACAGCUCUUGAAUAUUAAAAAUAAAUUUAAUAAUUAAAUAAAGAGAUUUAAAGCUAUAAAUAAUAAUUAGCAUAAUAAGAAGAAUAAUGCAAUAGAAUAAUUUAAUAAAAAUCAAAGGAAAUUAAUUAAGUGCAAUAAUAAUUAGAGUAAAAGCAUCUUGAAGAAACAUUAAAAAAGUAAUAAUAGAAUGAAUAGUAAUAUCGUUAAGUAAUAGAAUAAUUUAAUUAAUUAUAAAAUAAAAUUGCACUAUUAGAAGAUGAAAAUACUUAUAUUAAAUAAAAAUCAUUUAAAUCAUUGAAAAAUGUAGUACAAGAAUUAAAAAGAAUGAAAUUAGAAUUGUAAAAUAUUAAAAUGAUGGGAUAUUAUGAUAUUUCAUAAAUUAAUGAAUUAGAAUAAAUGUUAAUGAAUUAAUUAAUGUAAAAUAUAUCACAUUCUCAAAAGAAUUAAGAAUAUAUAUAAGAAAUAGUUUAAGAAAUGAGCUAAGAAUAAUCAUUAACAGAAAGAACUUAAAUAUAAAAUUAAUUAUAAUUGUAACUUAAUAAACAUAAAUAAUAUUUUAAGUUGAUAUUGGAAGAUUAAAAUAAUGGUGAGAUUAUAAAAUAAUAAAUUUUAAAUUCUUUAGGAUAAUUCAAGUAAUAUUUAUUGAAUAUUAUUUAAUAAUAAUAUCUAAAAUCUUUAGAUUUAUUAAAUAAUUAAAAAGAAGAUUAUUCAUCUUAAAUUGAUAGUUUAGUAUAAGAAUUAAAUAAUGUUAAUAAUCAACUAUUUGAAAUGUAACAAUAGAACACUAUUUUACAAGAAUAAUUAUAAUCUAAAUAGGAUGAACAUUAAUAUGAGAUGUAAAAUCUAUAAGGAUAAAUUGAUAAUUUAAAUUAAAUUAUAGAAGAAACUAAUUAAAAUUUAGAAAAAGAUAAUCAAAAUAAAGCAAUAAUUGAUCAUUAUCAAAAUCUGAUCUCACAAUUAGAAACAUAAUUAACAUAAUCAUAAUAAUAAUAUAAAACAUAAUAAUAAACAUUAAAUAUAGCAAUUGAACAAAAUAAUUCAAAAGAAUCUGAAUUAAAUGAUACAAAAUAAAAGUUAAACACACUUAAUUAGUAAUUAAAAUAGAAAGAGGAGGAUUUAAAGAUGUAAAAAUAAUUAGCUUAAACAAAAUCAACUAAAUAUGAUUAAGAAAAAUUAUUAACCCAAAAACUUCAAUAAGAAAUAGAAUCAUUUAAGACUUAAAAUAAAUAAUUAUAAUUAGACUUGAAUAGAUAGAAGGAUUUAAAUAAGCAAUAAUAAACAGAUAUAGGAAAACUAAAAUCUGAUAAUUAAUAAUUCAAAUAAUAAUGUGAAUAAUUAUCAUCUACAUAAUAAGAAUUAACUAAAAUUAAGUCUGAAUUUAGUAAGACUUUAUAAGAAAAGAAUACUUUAUAAGAAUAGUUUGAUGAAAUAAAAAAAUCACAAACAUUGUUAACUACAUUAAAUGAUAAACUAUAGGAAGAAUAAUUAAUUAAUGAUAAACUAAAAAAACAACUCUUUGAAUUAUAAUUAGAUUUUGAAAACUUGAAAGAGGAGAUGGAGAAUUCUAGUAAGGAUAAUGAAAGACUUAAAAAAUAAUUGUAAGAUUUGAAUAAUGAUUAUGAGAUAACACUUUAAGAAAAUUAAAUGUUAUAAGAAUAAAUUAUUUCUAAAGAUUAAAAUUUAAUUUAAUUAUAAUCCUAAUAGUAAGAGUAAAUUAAUUUGUUUUGUAGUUAAAAUAUAGAAUAAUCAGAUAUAAAAAAUAAAGAUUUGCAAAAUUUAAAUGAAACUUUGUAAUCCCAAAUCUAUGAUCUAAAAAUAUCAUUAGAAUAAGCCUAAGAAAAAAUAGGAGAAAAUUAAAUUUGUAUCUAAAAUCUUUAAAAGGAUUCAUCAAAACUUUAAUAAGAAAAUACAACAUUAAAAGAGUAAAUCUAAGAAUUUUAAAUAAAAAAUUAAAAUAUUUAAGAAAGUUUAGAUACUCAAAAGAAUGUUACUUAAAAUCAAGAAUUAUUAAUAGAAAAUUAAAAAUCAUAAUUAGCAUAAGAGUAGGUUAAUAACUAAAGAUAAGCAAUUUAAUUAUCAAAAUUGAAUACUCAAAUGGUAGAUCUUGAAUAAUAAUUAGAGAGUAAAGACUAAGAAUUAAAUUAAUAUAUAUAGUCAUCAAAUGAUCUCAAAAUUAAAAAUGAAUAAUUAGAAUAACAAUUAUUCAAACAAUCUUAAGAAUUAUAAAAUAGUAAGUCUCACAAUUAAAGUUAAAGUGAGAAUAUUUCUUAGCUUAAUGAUAUUAUUAAUCAUUUAAGAGAAACUGAAAAAUAAUUAUAAGAAAGUGUUAAAGAUAUGUAAAAUUAAAAAUCUCUACUUCAAAAAUAGAUAAAAGAAAAAGAAUAAUAAUUAGAGAAUAUACAACAAGAAAUUAAAAAUUUAAAUGCUUCAUUAUAGGCAGAAAAAAGUGAAAAUUAAACAUUAUCUGAUUAAAUUAAAUAAUUAUAAAAUGAAUUAAUUUAAAAAAUUAAUGAAACAACAUUAGAAAAUGAGAAAUAAUUAUAAUUGAAUAUUCAACAAUAAAAUAAUAAAAUUUAAUAAUAUGAAAUUUAAAUAUCAAAAUUAAAGUAACUUAAUGAAAAUAUAAAUAACAAUUUGUAGGAAUUAGAGAAACAAAAAUAAUCAGAUAAAAAUUAAAUUAUAGAAUUAAAUUAGAAUAUUUAGGAAUUGUAAAAUAAUUUGUAAUUACAAGUUUCUUAAAUAGAAGAAUUUAAAUCAUAGAAUAAUUAAAAAGACUAAUAAAUAUAAUAACUUUUAAUUUAAAUAGAAGAAUAAAAAUCUUAAAUUGAUAAUAUAAAUGUAUAAUUUUAGAAUGAACAAAAAAGACUUCAAGAAGAAAAUGUAAUUUUGAAUAAUACCAAUUAACAAUUAUAAAUUUAGGAAUAAUAACAAUAAAUAUAAAUAGCACAACUUAAAUAAGAUUAUGAAAAUAAAGUUGCAGAAUUAAACGAAUUGAAUAAUUAAAUUAUUUAGUUUGAAUAAAAUUAUCAAAAUGAAUUAUCAAAUAAUUAAACUAUAUAAAACUAAUUAAAUUAAUAGAGAGAAGAAAAUGAACAAAAUCAAUAAGAAUAAAAAAAUAGAUUGAUUUAAACUUAAUCUCUUAUUUAAGAAAUUGAUAUGUUGAAAUAGUAACUUCUUUUAAAUUAAGAAGAUAAUCUAAAUUUGUAAACAUAAUUGAAAGCAGUAAAUCAAGCAGAAUCAAAUAAUAGAGUUAUUGCUAAUUAAUAAGAAUAAAUAAAGAAUCAAAAGAUUUAAGAAUUAGAAAAUGAAAAUUAAGAAUCUUAAAAUUUAGUAGAGAUCUUAUAAAAAUAAAUUGUUUAAUUAUAGGAUGAAAAAGAAAAGGUUGAGGAGGAAUUAAAUGAAAGGAAUUUAUAAUUAGAUAAUUAUUCUAAUGAUAUUGAGGAGCAAAAAAUUCAAUUCUAAUAAAAAAUAUAAAAUUUGGAAUAAAACUAAUAAACUUUUGAGAUUGAGAAAUAAUAAAAUAAUGAUUAAAUAAUAAAUUAUUAAAAUAUAAUUGAAAAGUUAAAUUAGGAAAAUUUAUAAUUAUAAAAUGAAUUAAAAACCUUAAGUUCAAAUAUUUAGAUAGAUAUUGAUAAUCUGAAGUAAUAAUAAAUAGUUGAAAAAGAUGUUUAAUUAAAAUAAUAAGAUGAAGAAAUAAAAGAAUUAAAAGAAAAAAAUAUUUAAUUGAAUGAAAAAAUGAAAUUAUGUGAAGAAUUACAAAAUCAUAUUAAAUAAACAAAUGAAAAAUUUGAAGAAAAUAGAUAAAAAUUAUAAGAAUUUGAAAUUACUAUAAAUUAAUUAAAUCAAAGAAUAUAAACUCAAGAAUAAGAAUGUUAUGAGAGUUUAAAAAAAAGUAGAGAAUUAGAUGAUCGUUUGCUUGUAGCAUAAUCAGAGAAAAAUAGGCUCAUUUCCACUAUUGAUAAUCUUAAAGAAGAAAUUGCACAAAGAACCCAGAAUGAAUAAACAAUAUAAGAUGAAUUAAAAUAAUUUUAAUAAUAAGUAUUUAAAUUGAAAGAGGAAAAUAUAUUAUAAGAAUCAGAAAUAAUUUCAAAAAAUACAUAACUUAAUUUAUAAGAAUAGAAAAUAUCUUAAUUAAAUGAUGACAGAGAUUUAUUGAAAAGUCAAUUGAAUGAAGGUAAAGAUAUGUUAAAAGAUUUGUAAUCGAAGUUAGAAUUAUAAUAAUAAAGACAAUAGAAAUAUGAAAACUUAGUUAAGAAUGAGGAACUUAAAUAUUUAUAAAAAAUAGAAAAUUUAGAAACUGAUUUAUCUUCAUAGUAAGUAAAUUCAAAGUUAAAAAUAGAAAAUGCAAAAAGGAAAUUACGUUUAAUAUUAUUAGAAUUUGGUAAAUGCAAAAGAUAAUAGUAACAUUCAACUAAAUUAAUAUAAGCUUAAUUAGUAAAGUUUAAUGAAACUUAUAAAACAAUUUUGGUUAAAUUGGUAAAAAAACUUAGUGUGAUCAAUUCACAAAUUACAUAAUUGAAAUCAGAGCAUUAAGUACUAGAUGAUAUGUUAAGAGGAUAAGUUAAAAUUAAUCCAUAAAUUUAUAAACUGUUGAAUUAAAUAUAAUAAUAAUAAGAAUCAGUUAUCAAAGGUUUUAAAGAGAAAAUAUAAUAGUUAACUUCUUAGUAAGAAAAUAUGUUAUUUGCUGAUGAAAAUAGAAAAUAAGAAAUUUAAUCUUUAUCUACAGAUAGGAGUGAUUUAAAAAAUCAAUUAUAAGAGAUUAAUUAAAAAUUAUAAUAAUAAUAAUAAAUUAAUUUAGAAUUAAAAGAAGAAAUCUAAAGAUUAGAAAGUUAAAAUUUGUUAUAUUAAGGUCAAAUAUAAGAAAAGAAUAGUGCAAUAGAUUAAUCAAAUGAAAAAUGUAAGUUAAUACCAAAUCUCAAAAAUGAAAUACAAUAAUUAGAGUAAUAAAGAUAAAGAUAAUAAACUAUGAUUAAUGAAAUUCAGGCAAGUUUUUAAGUUACGAUUGAUCAUUAAUAAGAAUAAAUUUAAUCUCUUAAAGAACAAAAUAGAAAUUUAUUAUCUGGAUAGGAAAUUAAAACAUAAGAUAUUUAUUUAAAAUUAUAAAAGCAAGAAUAAUAAUUAAUUAAAGAGAAAUAAUUUAGUUAAUAAAUACUUGAUAAACUUUCAUCAAAAGAUGAGGAAAUACAAUAACUUUAAUUAUCAUAAAGAAAAAAUCUCUAAGAAAUAGAUGAUUUAAAUAAUGACAUUGAGGAUCUUAAUGAUAAAAUUGAAAAUCUUAAGGAUUAGGCAUAAAGAUUUUAAGUUUAUUGUUCUGAAAAAGAGGAAUCAAUUAGAAAUUUGAAAGAGACUGUCUAUAAUUAGAAUUUAUAAUUGGAAGAAAAAGGAAAAAAAUUAAAUUAAAUUUAAAAUGAUAAUGAAAUAUUAAGGAAAAAAUAUAAGGAUUAAGAAGAAGUAAUGAUGAAAAAUGAUAUAAAAUUUUAAAGAUAAAAUAAUAAAAUGGAAUAAAUAUAAAAGUUAAUUAAAGACUAUCCAAAAAUAAGUAAAGAAAUUAGUGAUACAAUAAAAAAUACAGAAGAAUUUUGUUUAGAAAGAUUAAAAUAUUUGACUUAAAUAUUUAUGAAAAAGAUUUAAACAUUAUAAGAGAAAAUUGAAGAAUCAGAAUCAGCUAAUGAAUAAGAAAUAUAAAAAUUAAAAAAAUAAUUAUAAUAAUAAUAAUAAUAAUAUGAUGAAAUGUUUUCAUAAACUUUAACUAUUAACAAUGAAAAUCCUGAUAUGAUGACUCAUUUUAAGGAAGUAUUGAAAAAUGCAAUAUAAGAAAGAGAUUAAUUUUAACAAGAAUUAAAAUAAAAGAAGGAACUAUUUGAUAAUGUUUCUGUUGAAAAUAAUUAUCUAAAAUUAUAAUUGUAAAAUUUAAAAGAUUAAUUGGAACAAAAAUGGAAUGAAAGUGCUAAUCAAAGUCUUGAUUUAAGUUCAAUUGACAAUCAAGAAAUAAGAAAGUUUGAACAUAGUUCUAUUAAUAAUGCAACUAUCAUUGAUCCUACUGUAUAAAGUGGACAUACUAAAAGUAGUUUAUAAAUAAAAGAAUUUUAAAAUUAGUUAGCCUAAUAAUUAUAAUAAUAAAAUGAAAAUAAUAAUACUAAAUUUUAUGAUUUAUAAUUAGAAAUAGAAAGUUAUAAAUUGGAAAUUGAGAAGUAUAAAAGCAAUUUAAUAGAUUAUUAAGAAGGAGAAAAAAAAAUGGUAAAGAUGAUAUCUGAUUUAAAAAGAGAAAAUUGUUAACUAUCAUAAACAAUUAACUAGACCGAUAUAAAGUCUUUGAAAUAAUAGAUAAAACAAUUACUUUAAUCUUUUCUUGUAUCACUAUAAAAUUAGUAAAUAUUAAUAAUUAUUUUUUAAGGGCUUUAGAAACAGAAGAUUACUUUAAAAUUCUAUCUAACAUGUUAGAACUAACAGAUCUGGAAAGAACAAAACUCUAAGCCAUAGUAAAUUAAAUGAAUCAAAAGAAGAAAGGGGGCUUAUUUAGAUGA